CCUACUAAAAUCCCUAAAGCCCUCUGCUCCCAUUAAUGGCGUUCACUCACUCACUGUCCCCUCCAUUUUCCAUCCAAUUCCCUAAUCGUUCCCUUACAAAGUUCACUUUGUUACCCAAACUGCCCUUUCGUGACCCCAAGAUUCCCUUCCUUAUUCUCUCCCGUUCUUCUCCGAGGCCGCCUCUGUCCACCGAACAGGAAGCCCUAAAAUUCAUAGCUGAAUCCAAUGGAACCACGCUUCCUUGUGUUCGAACCUACGAAAACGACCUCGCUCGCCUCACUCUUGUCGGAGCCGUCAGCUUCGACCAGGCUUUGACGGCUGCAGCCGCCGAUGGAGGCCGAGCCGCUACCGAGCACGUCGAGUCCGGUGUCCCUGCUAUGGUUAUUGAAACUGUUUACGCAGGUCCCACCUCUAAAAGCGCCACUGUUUCAACGCGAUUGUUUUUACCGGCUAGGAAAGUUAAAGAGAAGGCUCAAAAGCUGAAAAAAUCAUUCUCUGAAGAUAUUUUAGCUGGGACAUCAUCGGAAAACAUACUGGCAAUGACUUUUAAGCAAGUAGUUAUGCAAAAGCUUUUUAGUUUCGAAUUUGUCUUUCUUCCACCUGGAACUGAAAGAGAUAUGGAAGACCUUGAGAAUCCAAGAGAGGUUUCGACAUCGUUCACUCUCCGGUUUUCAGAAGAAAGGGUUAUCUCUGUGCUUGGUGAAGUUGUUUGCAUCUUGGCUUUACAGAGCACUGAAAAACAGUUCCUGGAACAUUUAUUGGGAAAAACUCCCUCUAACUUCUUUGGCUGGUUUCGGAAGUUGAAAAGGGUCGUAUCAAAAGAUUCCUCGGUUGUUAUAUAUAAAGUGUUUGAAGAUGAGAUAGUUCAAAAUGCAAAGAGUCUUCUUGACAGUUUUAAUUCGAGUAAAGAGAGUUUCAAAGGUAUGGAUUUGAGGCGGAAAAACUAUUGGUGGUCUCAACCUUUGCAGUCUAAGUUGGAAAAGAUUGGUGGUCCUGAGUUUAGUGCUUGGACAAGUGAGUUUAUACCUGCAUAUCGGCUUGAAAUAGAUGCAAGUGCACUUAAGGGUGUAAAAUUUGAAGGAUGGAGAGAAUCUGACGAGAAUAAGUGGCAAGUUCUUUUGACACACUCCCAAAUGGUUGGACUGGCUGAUAUAUUAGAUAUGUACUAUGAAGAUGUCUAUACGCUGCCCAUGAAACAACUCCGAUCUGGUAUGAUUGCCAAUUACAACAGCUUGUCCAAAGCAAAGAGGAGCUCAUCUUUCUUGAAAGGAGUAGCUGCCACCGUUGCAAGUGGAAUUUUUCUCAUUACCAUCAGUACUCUCAGUCAAUAUAGUUUUCCUCAGCUAGGAAAAGGACGUAAGUACCCUGGAGGAUCUAGGUCCCCAUCGUCAUCAAUUACCGAGCAUACAACAAUUCAAUCUAUAGACACAGAAAAGUCGGGGACAUUCUGUAUAUUGGUAAUCCAAAAGAUCAAGGAUGCUUUUGGCUGGCCUGAUGACAUAGCAACAGAAACCAACCUUGGUGCCUGGAUAGGUGAAAUUCCAAACUACUUGAAAGCACCUCAUCAAGUAAAUUCUAAUAGUGAAGCUUCAACUAAUUCUGCUGAUGUGGAGAAAAUGGAUGAUGAUAUAAAAUCAUCAGUCCAGGAUAUUGCUAGCUAUCAGGUGGUUUUAUCAACAGAUGGGAAAAUUGUUGGGUUUCAACCGACAAGUCGUGUAGGUGUCAAUCAUUGGGCUGUUAACCCCUUAACAAAAGAGCUAUAUGGUGGGAAGAAACUUUCCCCUGCAGGUUUAAUCGAACCUCAUCUUAAUAUCCAACUUCCAAAUGAGAUUUUUAUAAUCGAGUUGUUGAUGUCGGUUAACCCGGAUACCUGCUUUGCAUUGGCUAGGCCAAUCCAGUGAUCAUUGCUUGGUUUGGUUUGUAAGAUGAUAGCUCAUUGUAAUAAAGUUGACGGCAUCAAUAAUCCAGGUGCUUUUCUUUUGUUAUUAACAGUUUUGGUUUGAAGUUUGAGAACACUUGAGAGGUAUUUCUCCUUAUAAGCAUAUAAUGAGCAGAAAUUAUGUAGAAAAUACGAGUCAAAACUUGUGGUAGUUAA